AUGGUAGCUCUGCAGGGAGGAUCUGGGUAUGUUCGAGGGGUACGAUAUCAGAAUAUGAGAGUAGAUGACGUUUCAAAUCCCAUUAUCAUUGACCAAUUCUACUGUGAUUCGCCGACGCCUUGCCAGAACCAGAGUUCUGCAGUUGAAAUAAGUGAAAUCAUGUACAAGAACAUUAGCGGGACUUCCAAAAGCAAAAACGCCAUGAAAUUUGCAUGCAGCGACACGGUUCCUUGCAGCCACAUUGUGCUGAACAACAUCAACCUAGAAUCUAGGGAUGGUACCGUAGAGACUUAUUGCAACUCUGCCAUAGGGUUUGGGUAUGGAUACGUGCAACCCUCUGCGGAAUGUCUGACCUCAUCAGACAAAGAAAAAAUCAUCAAGCAGGAGCCUGAGCUUGCCCUCUGCGGAAUGGCUGGGCUGGCCGCCGGAAUCCCCUAUAUAUAG